GCAUAACGCUCCGCCAAACAAGUUUCGCAACCUCAACCAAUCGCCACGUCGUCCCCUGAUCCCUCACCCUGCAUAUGCGGCUAGAGUUGGAUGCAUGACAGAGCCUUCCUAGAGACAGCUAGCCCAAACUCUGCAGCAGCAGUCCCAAAUGCCAUGCCGAGCUUCGCAAGCUCAGAGACGAGGGGCCGAGCAGUGCAAAAUUUCGCAGCCUGAGGCCUGCCUUUUCUCCCGCCACUCCCGCCUCAUUGAGCGAAACCCGCUUCGUUCCCCGCUUUCAUGUUCCCCAAUUUCCACUCUAUAUACCCACUUGCUUGAUGCUCCACCGAGGGUGGUGGCUUCUAUCCGAUGUAGGAGGAGAGUGCAAGGCAGAGCUUUCUCCAUCCCCAGCCCUCUCCUCUCGGCUCACAAACGUCCCUCAUCCCAAUCAGCCAACCACCUCCGUCCUCGCGCGGGGACAUGCAACCUUCGACUUGGCCAGGCCCCUCCGCCCUCCGACCCACUUGCAUCUGCACCUGCAACGCAGCCCACCAAUCCAGAGCCCCGGCCGAGCCCAGCCCACCGAGACCGCAAAUCGGGCCCACAAAACGCACAGCUUGAGCUCGUCAAGGGAUCAAAAUUACGUGCGACCUGCUACCUUCUGCUCGCAACCCCCAUGUGCGCCCGCCUUACCCAGCAUCGCGCGAAUCUCACGUGAAUGGUUUUUUGCGCGGAGCUGCAGGUAGUAAAUUUCAACGUCUUGCCAUGGCGACGAGACGCGCUGGGCCGCCGGACGGUGGCCAAAAGACCGCAUUUGCGGCCUAUGUUGAUGUUUACGUAGCGGGGAAUCACAGAGGAGUGGAAGGAGAGGGAGUGAGGCAAAACCAGCAAUGGCUCAAUUGGUCAAAGCUAUAUUUGCAGGAUGCGCGGUUGC